CUGAUAUACAGCGGCAUGUUGUUUUUGAUCGGCUUGGGGUUGGGGGACGCCCGGGACAUCACGGUGAAAGGACUGGAGAUCGUCAGGCGAUGCAGCCGGGUCUAUCUGGAGGCUUACACCUCGCUCCUGUGUGUCGGCAGAGACGUGUUGGAAGAGUUUUAUGGCCGUGAACUGAUCAUUGCAGAGAGAGAGAUGGUUGAACAAGACGCUGAUGAAAUUUUAAGGGAUGCUGCUGAUAAUGAUAUUGCCUUUCUUGUAGUAGGAGAUCCAUUUGGUGCAACAACACAUAGUGAUCUAGUUUUGCGAGCAGUAAAAGCAGGAAUUCAGUAUCGUGUUGUACACAAUGCUUCCAUAUUAAAUGCAGUUGGAUGCUGCGGUCUACAGUUGUACAAUUUUGGCGAAACUGUAUCCAUUGUGUUCUGGACAGAGACUUGGAAACCUGAAAGCUUCUAUGACAAAAUCAAAAGGAACCGACAGACUGGAGUUCACACAUUAUGCUUACUUGACAUCAAAGUAAAGGAACAAUCACUGGAAAAUCUAAUGAGGGGAAAGAAGAUCUAUGAGCCUCCCAGGUUCAUGUCUGUAAAUGAAGCUGCUGAACAACUGCUGGAGAUAAUUGAAAAUCGAAGAGGUAAAGGAGAGGAGCUAGCACUGACUGAAGAGACCUUGUGUGUCGGACUAGCCAGAGUGGGUUCCAAAGACCAAAAGAUUGCUGCUGCAACUCUACAGCAGAUGGUGAAGGAGGAUCUAGGUGGUCCUCUGCAUUCCCUGAUCAUUACAGGCCACAUGCAUCCUAUGGAAAUUGAGAUGCUGAAACUCUUUGCUGUGGACAACUCAAGUUUUAAUAAUCUUACUACACAUGAUGGAUCAACAUAUUACUCAUAGCAAAACAAAAUAAAACUGCAAUUUCAAGUCUUAAUUUUUUAAGUUUUAUGCUCCUUUAAAAGUGGAGGAAGGGCUGGAUUGUCUCCUAAAAGAACUGAUAAAGGGUCUACCUCUUAAACAUCAAAAUGUUUGUUGUAUCCACGGCUGCAGACUAACCUCCUGAAUGUUUCCAGUAUCUGGAAUUCUUUUUUAGUGUAUGUGAAAUGAAUCCCCAAAUCUGUUUGUUUUGGGAAUCGAGUUAUCAUGGAUUAAGUAUAUGAGAUAAAAAUAGUUAAUGUCUCCAUUGGAAUCAAGUGAGUAAAGAGACUGGUUGAUGUAACACUGGGCUAUUCAUGCAAUGUCCCACAAUUACAUCUCUUUGUGUGCUGAAUUGGCUUCUCUCUUCCAUUGGCGGCAGCACUCCUUAAUAGGGUUUAGUUGGAUUUCUGCCCCUUUUUUGGAAAGUCUUGCUGCAAGCUUGUGUGGGUCCAUAUUGAGAAAGGGACAUCUGGGUAUGGGUAAAGACCAAGGGAGUGAGACAAACCAGAUUGCAUUUUCAAGCAACUGGCUCAGUCUUCAUGGGCCAAAUGAUUUUAUCCUACACUGCCCGAUGCAAUACUUAGUAAUUACAGGAUAAGUCAAACUCUGCUCUUCUAGGUUCAAGCACAUACAACUGAGAGAGGCUUUGGGGGUUUCCUGACACCUGCUGAAUUGGAUUCCAUUGUUUGAGUAGGGAAGCAGCUUAUCAGAAAAGCUGUGAAUGCCAUAAAGGCAGAUGAUGUUUGGAGACAAGGAAAAGAAAGGAAUACCCUGGACAAGACUUUGUUGGAAUUCAGAGAACAGUGGAUGGUAAAAUCUGGAGGUUAGUCAUAACGAUCACACAAAAUGUCAUGGUAGAAAUUGAUUAUUGAGACUAGAGCUGGUUAUAUUUAUGUUCCAAUUCCAGUAUACUGAAGGCCUGUUAACAUCAUCCUUCAUUGGCAAAAUCUUGCCAUGUCAUCUUUGCAGUCUAAAACCAGUCUCAAAUGUACGUCUGUUUUUAAAAGCAUUAGAUAUAGAAUAAAGGAGUAACCAGUCCUUAUUCUUUGAGCAGUGUGCAUUUCAUCCUGCACAAAUCUGAGGAACUGCUGAUAAACCUCCAAUAGGAAAUGUUUCUCCAGCAAUCAGUGUUACAAAAAUCUUGUCCAUCUAUGUAAUCUUUUAAUCCACACCAUCCAACUCAUUACCGACAUUAAUCAUUUACCUAAUUAUUAUGAUGCAAAAGGUAAUUUGACUCAUGCCAACUCCUCUUAGAGCAACUCCAUCAUAUCUGCUGCCCCAUCACCAAUUUCCAUGUAGCCCUGCAGCUUACUCUCCCUUUCACACACCCAUCAACACCCCUUUGUUUUUUUUUGCCACCUACCUUACACUAAGUGGUAAUUUACAGUUGCCAAUUAACCUACCAGCAUAUCUUUUGGAUGUGCAAGGAAACCUGAGCAACUGGGAGAAACUCACAGGGAAUGGUGCAACCUAAACACUGUUCCCUAAAGUUGUGAGGCAGCUGCAUCAGCUAGUGCAUCAUCCUAUAUACCCAUGAUCCCAACUUUACUAUAGCCAGGAAGUUCCAUAGAAUAAUUAGUUAUCUACCGCACAUUGAUUCCAUAACCAAACCGAAAGCUUGGUCAUAUAGUUUUCAAGAGAAACUUGAUGGGAGAGGUAGAGGUGGACAUUUAACAGUUCCAGAACAUGAUAGCUGUAUGGUUGAAAGCACAGCUGUUAAUGUGAAACAAAGUGUGGAGGGAGAUGCAAAAGAAGCCAACAUUAGAAGAAAGAAGAGGCUCAGAAAGGGGAAGAAUGGCAGGUGGUUGCAAGGAUCGUGAAAGGGGCAGCCAUGAAAGGAUAUAAACACAAAGAUGAAUAUUUUAAACUUGAGUCAUUGGAAGAUGGAAGUCAAUGUAGAUCAGAAAGAAUGUAUUUAUGGGUGACCAAACAGAUUGCAGAGUAGGAGAGGGGCACUUCAAUCCUGUUCUUAUCUGUUUACUCAUCUGACACCUGUUAAAAUGCUUAAUGGAAAAUAUCAGCUGGUUAUAGGAAACACUAACUGUUUAAAUAGAGCAGCUAACAAGUAUUUACUGCAGGACAAGAGGAAGUUCAUAUCGUCUCAAUGCUUGGUAUUUCUGACUUGUAUUUUGAAUAAACUUCCAUCAGAAUCCUUUACUGACAAACCAGCUUUUUAAUGGUUAAGCUGUGCUUAAUUUUCCAUUAACUAGACAUUUCAGAUUUCUCCAAGGUUCACAAUUUCAGAUUGCACCAAAAUACCAUCUACAUUCCAUCA